CACACUCGCGCGCCGGGACCGACGACACCCCGCGCGCGCACACGCCUGGGACAGGAGCGGGCCUCCUGCGCAGCUCCCCUCGGCCGCCGGGGGCCUCCCCGCGCCUCGCCGGUCUCCAGGCCCCCUCCUCGAGCCGCGCCAGCGCCACAUCUGGCCGGCACAUCUGCCCGGCCGGCCGGGCGCGGGGUCCCGAGAGGACGCGGCGCGGAGGCGCAGCCAGGGGUCCGGGAAGGCGCCGGCAGCUGCGCUCGGGGCUCGGUCUAUGACGAUCGGCGGGGUCUGCCAUGGGUCGGGGGCUGCUCAGGGGCCUGUGGCCGCUGCACAUCGUCCUGUGGACGCGCAUCGCCAGCACGAUCCCUCCGCACGUUCAGAAGGCGGUUAAUGAUGACAUGAUGAUCACCAACAACAACGGUGCAGUCAAGUUUCCACAGCUGUGUAAGUUUUGUGAUGUGCGGUCUUCCACCUGUGACAGUCGCAAAUCCUGCGUGAGCAACUGCAGCAUCACAUCCAUCUGUGAGACGCCACACGAAGUCUGUGUGGCCGUCUGGAGGAAGAAUGACGAGAACAUAACACUAGAGACGGUUUGCCAUGACCCCAAGGUCCCCUACCAUGGAUUUAUUCUCGAAGAUGCUGCUUCUUCAAAGUGUAUUAUGAAGGAAAAAAAAGUGAAUGGCGAGACUUUCUUUAUGUGUGCCUGUAGUGCCGAAGAGUGCAAUGACCACAUCAUCUUCUCUGAAGAAUAUUCCACCAACACCCCCGACUUGUGGUUAGUCGUGUUCCAAGUGACAGGCGUCAGCCUCCUGCCACCCCUGGGCAUUGCCAUAGCUGUCAUCAUCGCCUUUUACUGCUACCGUGUUCACCGAAAGCAGAAGCUGACCCCAUCCUGGGAUACCGGCAAGCAGCGGAAGCUCAUGGACCUCAGUGAGCACCUCGCCAUUAUUCUGGAAGACGACCGCUCCGACAUCAGCUCCACGUGUGCCAACAACAUCAACCACAACACGGAGCUGCUGCCCAUUGAGCUGGACACCCUGGUGGGGAAAGGUCGCUUUGCCGAGGUCUACAAGGCCAAGCUGAAGCAGAACACCUCAGAGCAGUUCGAGACCGUUGCGGUCAAGAUCUUCCCUUAUGAGGAGUAUGCUUCUUGGAAGAUGGAGAAGGACAUUUUCUCAGACAUCAACCUAAAGCAUGAGAACAUCCUCCAGUUCCUGACGGCCGAGGAGCGGAAGACAGAGUUGGGGAAGCAGUACUGGCUGAUCACUGCUUUCCAUGCCAAGGGCAACCUACAGGAGUACCUCACGAGACAUGUCAUCAGCUGGGAGGACCUGUGCAAGCUAGGCAGCUCCCUGGCCAGGGGCAUAGCUCACCUGCACAGUGACCACACCCUGUGCGGGAGGCCCAAGAUGCCCAUCGUGCACAGGGACCUCAAGAGUUCUAAUAUCCUCGUGAAGAACGACCUGACCUGCUGCCUGUGUGACUUUGGGCUUUCCCUGCGUCUGGACCCCACUCUGUCUGUGGAUGACUUGGCCAACAGCGGGCAGGUGGGAACUGCGAGAUAUAUGGCCCCAGAAGUCUUGGAGUCCAGGAUGAACUUGGAGAAUGUCGAGUCCUUCAAGCAGACGGAUGUCUACUCCAUGGCUCUGGUGCUCUGGGAAAUGACAUCUCGCUGCAAUGCAGUGGGAGAAGUGAAAGAGUAUGAGCCUCCCUUUGGUUCCAAGGUGCGGGAGCACCCCUGCGUCGAAAGCAUGAAGGACAAUGUGUUGAGAGAUCGGGGACGACCAGAAAUUCCCAGCUCCUGGCUCAACCACCAGGGCAUCCAGAUGGUGUGUGAGACUCUGACCGAGUGCUGGGACCACGACCCAGAGGCCCGUCUCACAGCCCAGUGUGUGGCGGAGCGCUUCAGCGAGCUGGAGCACCUGGACAGACUCUCGGGGAGGAGCUGCUCCGAGGAGAAGAUUCCCGAAGAUGGCUCGCUGGGCACUACCAAAUAGCUCUUCCGGGGCGGGCUGGCCCAAGUCCAAAGAGGUCACCCCUGUUGCCAAAGAACAGAGGCAGCAGGAAGCUGCCGCUAAACCAAUGGAUGCUCCCUGGAAUAGCAGGGCUCACUCCCCUCCCUGUAGGCUGUGGGAUUGAGCAGCAACAACAGUGACAGGGAGUGAGUGACAUGAAGCAUUCUAUGCCUUUGACAUUGUCAUAGGAUAAGCUGUGUUAGCAGUUCCUCAGGAAAUGAGAUUGAUCUUUACAAUAGCUAAUAACAUUUGCACUUUAUUAAUGCCUGUAUAUAAAUAUGGAAUAGCUAUGUUUUAUAUAUAUAUAUCUAUAUAUAGCCAUACUCUGGAAACAGACAAAGAAAAAGAUCAGAUAUUCCCAGGAAAUUGAUUUGAUUGGAGAGUUCCAGAGCUGCGUGCAGAAGAAAGGAUCCAUGACAACAUUAGCACUUGACAAUCACACAUGGAUGGAUUGUUCUCUGACUACACAAGGAGGCGCCUUGCAUUAGGAGAGCGGCUCCAAGUCUCAGAGCCUGCUACGGCCACUUUGCACUCGCUUUUGCAAUAUAAUUCCCUGCGUGUGGGUCCUCAUCUGGCUAUGGAGCUAUUUAUAGUCGCACUGUUUUAGGGACCAGAUCCUGGGGUUCCUGUGUGCCACUGUUUCUCCUGGACUGUUCAUUGAGCUUCAAGCCCCACAUCAGCUUGUGAACCACCUUCCUCAGCUAGCUCAGAAACUUUGCCCCAUCUCUAAUAGUUUAAACAUUUUGAGCCCCAUCUUUUUCUUUACAGGGGGCAGAAAAAUCGGGACAUAUUUCCUUAUCCAUCAAAUUGCCACACCUUCUACUAAUAAGAGAUAUAUAUAUAUAUAUAUUUAUUUCCCCCCUAUGCCUAUGUAACUCUUGUUUACUCCCAGGCCUUCUCGCUUUUCUAAAAAGGAUCAAAUCUUCCCAGGGUUCCUUGUGUUUAAUUUUUCAACACAACUCGGUGUGAGUCUCUAGCUUUCUAAGCAACCCCAAUAGGUCCCAUUGUCUGGGUUCCUGAAUGCUCAAGCCUGUUUUGGCCCUAGCGGAAAGGAUCUGAGCUGCAUGAUACUGCCCCAGUCAAGACCAUCAAGUCAGGCACUCUGAACAUGUGUUUCGCUUGGCCAGCACUGCAUUGAACAAAAGUGAGCCACUUUUUAAACAUUUGGAGAUCACACACACACACACACACAGACACACACACACACACAAUCUGGAUCCUCGAGUGAGAAUAGAUAGCAAGUGGUUUCCCGUUCUCGCUAACCUGCAUCAUUCAUAAAAUGAAGGUGUGGACGCACUUACAAAGCUGCUUCACUUGUUGACAUAAACAUGUCUAUUUUCUGCCCACCCCCACCGCAUUCUGGGAAUCAAACCUGCCCAAAACCAAUGUCCUUUGUAAGAAAUGUGCAUUCAAGCAGUCAUUCUCUGGCUGUAUAAUAUGACUUUGAUUCCUCCCCUCUCCUCAAUCUGGGGUUGAGAUUUGCAAUUGGCCUUAAAAAAAGGCGGGGGGACCUCUAAGAGGUCCCAAUUAAUCCUGGUGUCUUGUAUCUAUUUUAUCUAUAUAGUAAGAGGUCCCCUCUGUAUUAGGGAGACAGGCCCCUUCCUCCAAGGAGCUUGCUUCCUGAUAACCAGCCCCGCUACGGAAGCAGCCUUCCCAGCCCUUGCAGAAUUCCCUAAUGAGGAUUUGAGUGUGGAACACAGGAGUCCUAUUUGCAGGUGGGAAAUCUGCGUCCGUGUGGAACAAGAACAAAGAAUGAGCUUUAAUACAGCACAGGAAACUUAUUUAUCUACAAACAAGUGUUCAUGCUGCAAAUAAUCUCUUUUUUAAAAAAAAUGUUUUUGAAGCUACUUAUUUUCAGCCAAAUAGGAAUAUUAGAGAGGGACUAGCAGUGUCAAACCAGUUCUAUCUGGAUUUGGGAAGAUCUCAUCUCAUUGGGGUUUAAUCCGAUGUGCUGAAGUUGGGGAUUAGGUGGGACUUCUAGGCGCCCUGCCCUGUGGGGGCGGGCCGAGAGGAUUAAGGGCCGGUUGGCUGCAAUACCAGUGAAGUGCCCAGAAAUUCCGUGCACUUGAAGGCUGUUGCCACCAUCCCAAUAGCUGUUGCUCAUUGACCUCUAGUGGUGAAUUUCUAGAAUACUGGUCCAUUAAUGAUUCAAAGGAGCUUUAUCACUUCUGGGUGAUGAUGGUCAGCAUAAACUGGAAUGUAGUAUCAGAUGAUACUGUGGCUUGUUCUGUUUGUUUGUUUUCUUAUUCAAGAAAAAGACCAAGGAAUAACCUGUAGUUCCUAAAAAUACUGACUUUUUUUUACUACUAUACAUAAAGGGAAAGUUUUAUUCUUUUAUGGAACACUUCAACCGUACUCAUGUAUUAAAAUAGGAAUGUGAAUGCUAUAUACUCUUUUUAUAUCAAAUGUCUCAAGCACUUAUUUUCAUACUGUGCGUCAUUUGUCUUUUAUAUAAAUAAAACAUUUAUUAGAUUGAAUAAAGCAAAAACACUCAGGUCA